CCACGCUGCGCCAAUAACUUUCCUUCACCUUUAUUUCCUCCCAUUUCCUUCUUUAAUAUCUCCGGCAAUGGGAAGUUGUUCAGCGGACUUAGCUCCUCUCCUCGGCGCCAACGCCACUGGCGCCGCCGAAUAUAUAUGCAACAAGUUCACCGACGCCUCUUACGCAGUCGACAACACUUACCUUCUCUUCUCAGCAUACCUCGUCUUCUCCAUGCAACUCGGCUUCGCCAUGCUCUGUGCCGGCUCAGUCCGAGCCAAAAACACCAUGAAUAUCAUGUUAACCAACGUCCUCGAUGCGGCCACCGGCGGCCUGUUUUACUACCUUUUCGGCUUCGCCUUUGCCUUCGGCAAACCUUCUAAUGGCUUCAUCGGCCGCCAUAACUUCGCCUUGGGAUCGAUCCCUUCGACUUCCUAUGAUUACAGCUACUUCCUUUAUCAAUGGGCUUUUGCCAUUGCGGCGGCGGGAAUUACCAGUGGUUCCAUUGCUGAAAGAACCCAGUUUGUUGCUUAUCUUAUAUACUCAUCGUUUUUGACCGGUUUCGUUUAUCCCGUUGUUUCUCAUUGGUUUUGGGCGUCUGAUGGUUGGGCCAGUGCUCUUCGAACCGAUGGUGAUUUCCUUUUCGGUAGCGGCGUCAUCGAUUUCGCGGGCUCCGGAGUUGUUCAUAUCGUCGGAGGUGUCGCCGGUUUAUGGGGUGCUCUUAUUGAAGGGCCGAGGAUCGGCCGGUUCGAUCAUUCGGGCAGAUCGGUAGCUUUGCGGGGUCAUAGUGCGACUCUUGUUGUUCUUGGAACUUUCAUGCUUUGGUUCGGUUGGUACGGGUUCAACCCCGGUUCGUUUAACAAAAUCUCGACUUUUUACACUUCCGGGAACUAUUACGGCCAGUGGAGCGGGGUGGGAAGAACGGCGGUCACCACCACUUUAGCCGGAUGCACGGCGGCGUUGACUACCCUUUUCGGAAAAAGGAUCUUGACCGGCCAUUGGAACGUGACGGAUGUCUGCAACGGUUUACUCGGCGGCUUCGCCGCCAUCACCGCGGGCUGCUCCGUCGUCGAACCAUGGGCCGCCAUCAUUUGCGGUUUCGUCGCGGCCUUAGUUCUAAUCGGAUGCAACAAACUCGCCGAGAAAGUCGAGUUCGACGAUCCGCUGGAGGCCGCCCAGUUGCACGGCGGAUGCGGCGCUUGGGGCGUCCUGUUCACCGGCUUAUUCGCGUCGGAGAAGUACGUGAGGGAAGUCUACUCCACCAGACCGACUCAUUACGGACUGUUCAUGGGCGGCGGCGGUAGGCUGCUGGCGGCGCAAGUGAUCCAGAUCCUGGUCAUCGUCGGCUGGGUGAGCGCCACAAUGGGAACUCUGUUUUACCUCCUCCAUAAAUUCGGCCUAUUGAGAAUCUCUGCCGACGACGAAAUGGCCGGCAUGGAUUUAACCCGGCACGGCGGACUCGCAUAUGUAUACCACGAUGAAGAUGAAUCCCAGAACCAAGGCAUUCAAAUGAGGAAGAUCGACAGCUAUCCAACUCCUCCCGGAGUCUAAAAGUUACCUACUUCUUUAGAUCUUCUAGAUAUCUAUGGUGGAAUUAGUCCACGUAAAAUUUUAUUUUUAAAUCUUAGGUUGAAAGGAUUUGUAAAGCGGUAAUGGUUUGUGCUUGGAUUUUCAAGUGAUGGUAACGUUGAAAAAUUUGGUUUUGUGUUC